UCUGUAUUAUCUUUACAGGAUGUGAUAUUUAAUUCAUUUUUAUAUUGUUUUUUAUUAAUUUUUAUUAGGUAAUAAUUUACCUAUUUUAGUUUUGAUUUAUGUUUAAUUCAAUUAGUUUUAAAUGUAUGAUUAUUACACUUCGUAAAACAUUAGUUUUUAUUAACUGGUUAUUUUACACUUUUACACACCUAUGGGCCCAAGAAUUUUCAUUUUUAAGGUAAUCUAAAAAUAGUGAAUUGUUGUUGUUUACUAUUAAGGUGGAGUCAGAAACAAUAUAUUUAAAUAAUAAACUUUAGUAGACACUAAUUACCUAUGAGUUCCACCCAAAUAUUUUUUAAAUCCAUCUAUCUAUUGUUUUAGAAUAGUCAAAUGCCAAUCAGUUAGUAGUUUAAAAAAAUAUAUUUUUCAUAAAAAUGUCUGAUGAUGAUGACAAACCACCAGCUCCUCCGGUCCGCCUCACAAGUAAUAGGUAAUCACAUAUAUAAAACUAUAUGUUUUUAAAUAUACAGGUAUGUUAUAAUGUAAAUCAGUUUUAGAGUUGCUCGUGGGGAUUCAGUACCAAAUUUGGACAUUAUGCGGCCUUUACCUAAAGAACCAGAUUCGGAUCAUAAAAAGAAAACGUCUAAAAGUCGUGUAACUGGUAAACUGAAAACAAGGGGCACUGGGUGUGAAGACAAGCCAGAAAUAUCUUAUCCAACUAAUUUUGAGCAUACCAUGCAUGUAGGAUUUGAUGCUCAUACUGGCGAGUUUACUGUAAGUAUUUAUAUUUUUAGUUGUACCCACUUAUUAAUAUUUGAUUAUACAAAAACAGAAAUGAGCCAACAUAAUUAGUUUAAUUUGCACAUUUUUAAUUUUGCUGAAACAUGCUUUGCUAUGUAGUCAAAUUAAAAAAAAUAAUAAUAUAAAUAAAUCAAAGUAUUACAAUUUUAAAUUUUUAUUGGGUUUUAUCUCAUAAUAGGUAUUUAUAAUAAACAUUCUGAUGCAUACCUAUCUAUAUAUUAUAUAGAUACUUAUGCAUCAUGCAGAAAGUAUAGUGGAUAUUUAUUAAAGUAUUUAAAAUGAGUUUAGAAAAAAAAAAAUGUUUACCUAAUAAUUAUCAGUUUUCAAAUGUGUACUGAUAUUUUAGUUUAUUCUACCUAGUUAUACACAUGUAACCAACAAAUAAUUUUAAAAUUUGGAACAGAAUGAAACAAACAAUGAAAAAUUCUAUCCCAAUAUUAUACACCGUUUAGUCAAUUGCAUGUUCAGGGUUGAACUAAUUGGACAUACCAAUUUAUUUCUAUUAUUUUAUUGCUAAGAAUAAAAAUAAAUAAAUUCAUGUUUACAUAAUGCAUUAUCUGGCCCUGAAAUCUAUCUAUAAAAUUAGAUCUAGUUAUGAUAUUGCAUACAAUAUGACUAUUUUUUUACAAAACAUUACUAUGGUGACUUUAAAUUCCAUUAAUUUAUUCAUAAUGUAUCUAAUAAGCAAAUUGUAUUAGUAUAUAUUUUUUUAAAUAAUAUUCAGCUAAAUAUUUUGACUCACAAAUAAUUUAUAACUUUAAAAAAUAUAUUAAUUAUAAAUUAAAUAUUGUAUAAGAAAUUGUAUUGUACAAAGACAUUUGAAUUUGUUUUCAUAACUAUUGAAACAAAUAAAUUGUAUAGUUAAUAUAAUAUAUUUAAUUCAAAACAUACCUAGUUGUUUAUAUAAUAAUAUAUUUAACUAAGUCUGUUUAUAUAAUAUAUUAUAUUUGGAAUAAUUAAUACAAUUUGCUGCAUGUGUUAAAUUGAAUCACUACAUUAAUAUUGUUCGAUAGACAAUUGUCUCUAGAAUUUUUUGUUUGUGUUUUCUUGUUUCAAGCUGCCAUAUAAAGUGAGUAACAUCAAAAGCUUUAUAGUAGUCUAGAUAAACAUGUCAUAUACAUAUGUCUAGUGUAGUAGUUACAGCAUAUUAUAAUCACAUAGCUUUAAAAAAAAAAAUUGUAAUAUAAUUAUUGUUUGAAAUAAAUUUAAAUAAUUUAUAAUGUUCUUAUUGUAUUAAUAGUUACUAAUUUAUAAAAUAUUCAUAAUAAUAUAUGUUAAGUGGUUAUAUUAAUUGGUUAUUUAUUAUUUAAUUUAAAAAAAAAAAAUCAUUUCUAUACAUUUUUUUCUUAAAUUCAUUAUAAAAAUAUUUUUAUCUAUAUUCUAGUAUUAAAUCAAUUAUUUGAGAUAUUUUUAAUUUUGUUUUUCAUGAAAAUGUUAAUUGUGUCAUAUAAGUAAUAUCAUUAUUAUUUAAUUUUUUAAAUUUUUUUAUAAACCAUUAAAUUAUUUUGUUAAUAUAGGGUAUGCCAGAAGCAUGGACUCGACUUUUAAUAACAUCUAAUAUAAGUAAACAAGAACAAAAAAAGAAUCCCCAAGCUGUUCUUGAUGUGCUUAAUUGGUUUGAUAAUUCUAGUAAACAAUCAAAGACUUCCAAAUAUAUGACCACAGCCACCAAUAUUAGUAAUUAUUAAUUAAUAUAAUUCAAUUUAAAGUUAUUUCAGAAUUAACAGUUUUACUUUAUUUGUUUAGUACAAAACAGUACCCCUUCUACUGAAGUAUUAGUUCGUGGUGCACAUAGUGGAGGUAGUUCAUCAUACUCGGGUGUCAGUAGCAGUCAACCAUCAUCAUCAACAGGUAGCACUAGUCCUUCGCUAACCACCACUCCCACAACAGAUGAACAAACAUCUCCUCCACCACCUAUAUCUGUACGUCCAGAGCGUACAAAAUCUGUGUAUACUAAACCAAUAGAAGAAGAUGAACCUAGGCCUAUUACCCAAGAAGAACCUAAAGUAGUUUCCCCAGUUCCACUUCAUCGACCUAGUCAAACUAAUGGAACUAUACCAGUAUUGGAUAAAAAUAAAAAUAACACUACUGCUCCUAGCCGUAAAAAAAUAGCAGAUAAUGAAAUACUAGAACAACUUAAAACUAUAGUAACAGUUGGUGAUCCUAAUAGAAAAUAUACUAAAAUGGAAAAAAUAGGACAAGGGUAAGUGUUUAAAUCUGUAUUUUAUAGGAAUUAAUAAUUUAAUAUUUAUGUAAAUAAAAUUAUUACAGAGCAUCAGGUACAGUUUUUACGGCUAUUGAAACAUCCACUGGAAUUGAAGUUGCUAUAAAACAAAUGAAUUUAGGCCAACAACCAAAGAAGGAGCUUAUUAUUAAUGAAAUAUUAGUUAUGCGAGAAAAUAAACAUGCAAAUGUUGUUAACUAUCUAGAUAGUUAUUUAGUACAAGAUGAACUCUGGGUAUUUAUUUAGAAUAAUUUAUGGCAUCUAAAAUAUUAAUUUUUUUAAAUUUUUUAUUAUUCUUUAGGUUGUUAUGGAGUAUUUACCAGGUGGUAGUUUAACAGAUGUUGUCACAGAAACUUGUAUGGAUGAAGGUCAGAUAGCUUCUGUAUGUCGAGAAGUACUUCAGGCCCUUCAAUUUUUACAUUUUAACCAAGUUAUACAUAGAGACAUCAAGUCUGACAAUAUUUUACUUGGUUUAGAUGGCAGUGUUAAGCUGAGUAAGUAUUAAAAAUAUGUAUGAUUUUAAAAGUAUACUAUUCAAUUAUUGGAAUGUAUUGAAUCAUACAUAAAAAAUCUAAAUGAAGAUUAAACUGCUCAAAUUUUAGGUUUUUUUUUUUAUUAUUACUUUAAAAGCUUUAUUCCUAGUUGCAUUUAAAGACUAUGUUAAAUUUAAAUUGAAAAUUUAAAUGUUAAUAUUAAUAAUUUGUUUUGUGGUUUUAAGAGCAUAUCCAUAAAAUUCUUUAAAAAUGACCUUUAAAUUAAAUUAAAUGAAAUGUCUUUUUUGUAUUUAAUUAUUAAUUUAAGUACAGUGAAGUAAUCUUCUUUAAAUAUGGAGAUAAUAUAUGAGUUAAUGUUAACAAGGAUGAUUAAAUAGGAAAAUGUAAACAGACUAAAUUAUUUCAUGCAUAUACAUAUAACUAAUGAAAAUGUAGGCCGUGAAAACAAUUUUUGUUUAAACAUUUAUUCUUGAUUUAAUUACACCAUUGAUGUACACAAUUACUUACAUGUCAUACUAUAAUAUUUCGAAAAAAGAUUUUAAUCGCUUUAGGUAAUUAUCCAUUUUAGGUACAAGUUUGCAUAUCUAGGUUCUGUCUCAACUGAUUUUAGAUGUUAUUCAUAUUAACUUAAUUAGUUUUGUAAAUUUAUUAUUCUACAAAUUUCAAUUUCACUUCAGUGUAAGAACAGGAUAUCAAUAUGUUGUGUAUAGUGUUGAUGGGUGGCCAUUUUUUCUUUUUUACUGUUAUAAAUGAAAAAAAAUUUAUUGCUAAACUUAUGUAAAUUAUUUUUAAGUAACUAGUAUACUAAAAAACAAUAAAUAAAAACUAAUGCAAUUUUAAUAAUUUCUUUGUUUUUGUUUUUUUGUUUUUUUUAAUCAGCUGAUUUUGGUUUUUGUGCCCAAAUUUCACCUGAGCAAUCCAAACGUACUACGAUGGUUGGAACACCAUAUUGGAUGGCUCCAGAAGUAGUCACACGUAAACAAUAUGGUCCUAAAGUAGAUAUAUGGUCAUUAGGUAUAAUGGCUAUUGAAAUGAUCGAAGGUGAACCACCAUAUUUAAAUGAAAAUCCAUUAAGAGUAUGAAAUUUAUAUUGUAUACCAUUUUGUUCUAGUCCAUAACUCAGACUAUAAUAAAACAUAUUUGUUUAGGCUUUAUAUUUAAUUGCAACCAAUGGAAAACCAGAAAUUAAAGAGAAAGAAAAAUUGUCUCCAAUUUUUCAAGACUUUUUGGACCAGUGCCUUGAAGUAGAGGUUGAAGAUCGUGCUUCAGCUUCUGAACUUUUAAAAGUGAGUCAUUGGAAUAUUUACUUAAUUAAAAGAAAGUUGAGCUUUGUAAUUAUAUUUUAUAUAACUACUAGUGGUUAUACUACUAUAGUAUUAUAUAAUAUCAUAUUUGUACCUUGAGUCUAUUUUGCUUUUAAUACACUAAUACAAGUGUAUUCCUGCUAAUGAACAGUGUAUUUUUAAGUGUUGACAAUGUUUAUUGUGUUCUUGUGGGUGUACACGGGGAGAUUUUGUGAAUUCAAUCAUCAAAAAAAGAUUUAUUAGAAUUGGAUACAUAUAUAAUAAAUAACUUCUUAUAACUUCUUAUAACUUCUUAAGUUAAGACUGGAGAUCAGAAAAUAGAUAAGAUAUAAACCUUUUCCUUUUUCCCUAAAACCAUAUUUAGACCAAAGCAGCAUUAUGGACAACUUUGUUGUCAAUUUUUGGUGAAUGUUUUUAACUAAUCUUAAUAUAAUUCAAUAAUUUUGAAAAAUAUGUGUGACCAGACUAUAGAAACAUUAUUGUCCACUUUUUAUUGUUUGGUAAGAUGUUUAACGAGUAAGACAGUUAUAGAUAUUGUAGCAAUUUGCACAGUAAUUUUAAGUUGUAUACCUUAUAAUGUUUAGGAUUCUAUAAUAAUGGUUUGUUAUAGUAUAAGUUUAUUAACCAUGCAUUCUUUUCUUUAAGCUAAUCAAUUGGUACUAAAUUAAGUGGAAAAUUUGUAACUGAACAACUAAAUUUUAAAUAAAUUUCUACCUUUUAGGAAAAAGAAGCAUGUGAGUAGACGUAAUUACAUAAUAAUACUUUUAUGAGUCACAAUGGGCUACUGGGAUAGUAAGAAUACCAUUUGAUAACACUCUUAAGAUGUCAACAAAAUUGCAGGAGAGAAAUAUAUAUUGUUACCAAUAAUAUUUCCUUGCAUCUUUUUAUCUUUACCAUCAUUUUUCUCUAAUAUGGAAAUAAAAAUAAAAUAUUGUUACUAACUUGAUUAAAAACAUAAAUAUUAACUUUUCAUACAUAUUGUUAUCAACAAUGUGGAAACUACAUGUUUCUUACAGACCAUAAUAUUGCUUUGGUCUGGCUUUAGAUCAACAAUUAAUUGUUUUUAAUAAACAAUUAUUGUGAUAUUAGAUGAAUGCACGCAAAAAAAAAUAUUUUUUUUCAUUCUAAUUUUGAUUUGAGCAUAAAUAGUAGUUCUAUAGUGAUCAAAAAAUACCUAUUAUGUUUAAUUUUCUUUAAUAAAAAUUCUGAUCUAAUAAUAAUAAAAGCAAUAAUAGUUAUAAUGUCAUUAUUCAAUAUUAUGGUGUAGUUUUUUUUUUUUUUAAAUUAAAUUUUAAAUUUAUCAUAUUUAAGUAGAAUUUGAAUAUUUUAUUUUUAUAAAAUAUUAAUAUUUUUUAAAAAUAAUUAUAUUAAAAUACUUUUUUUUAUUUCUCUCUAAAUCAUAUUAUAAUGACCAAAUUAUCAUUUAAUCAGAACUAAGUUAAUUACAAUAAUUUUUACUGGGAUUAUUAUCAAUUAAAAUCAUUUUUCAUAUGUUAUAUAAUAUUUAACAAAUGGCAAACAACAUAUUUGAUAAUAAAAAAAAAUACAUAUAUUUUUUAGAUUAAUUUUUACCAAUUCUAGAUAACAUUUAACCUUUUUCAUAUUCUUGAAGAUAUUUCAGCAAUUGAUAAAAUUAUAUCCAAACUUAAGAAAUGUGUUCAAUUAUACCAAUAUUUAUAUUACAACUAAGUACUUUGGUAUAUUAGUGUAUGCAAAUUAAAUAGUAUACAAUUCUAAAUAAAUUAUAAAAUAUGUUAAGUAUACCUUAUUUAACAUCUAUUAUUUAAUAUGCGUGGGUGUAUUUAUUGUGGAAAUUUAAUUUUUGCUGUUAAAUUGAACUCUAAACAUAUUCAAUAAUAAUUUGUAAACAAAUAUGUUUUAAUAAUUUUUACAGCACCCAUUUUUGAAGCUUUCAAGGCCUUUAGCUAGUUUGACUCCGUUGAUAAUGGCUGCUAAACAAGCUGCCAAGGGUCAUUGAUGCUAUGAUGAAAAAACAAAUCUUUGAGGUUCCAAUAAAGCCAUGUUAUUUUUAACAACGAAACCGUUGACUGUCGUUCUAAUUGAUUACUUUAUUAUUUAAUUAUUUAUAUAACAUUAAUUAACAAUAUUAUUAUUAGUUAUGGUCAGAAAUAAUGUUUGAAUAUUUUACAUAUCUUCAGCCGUGGUGCUUUGUCUUCUUCUACUCUUUCCAAAAUUCAAUUUGAACGUAUAUUGUUGUACAUUCAUUUUUUUGUUACUUGAUAAUGUAAUUAAUGUUUCAGACUACCUAUAUGUUAAAUCACCAUUAUUUCUGACAUAAUAAAUAAUGUGUGCAAAAGUUUCUAAAAAACACUUAAGUACAUAUUAUAAAUUUUAUUUAUUUUAUUAUUAGCUAUUGUUUGUGAGUUUUAUUUAUUUAUCAUUUUAAUUGUUAAAUUAAUAGUAUUUUUAUUAUUUUUACUCAUCUAAUCAAAGCUUUAUUAUAUAUUCCGUACUGAAUUACAUUUAUAUAAUAUAUUUUAGAUUUAUUCAAUUUUUAAAACUAAGUUUUGUUCAUUGAUCCCUUAUAAAUAUAUAUACAUAAUUAUUUUGUACAUGUAUUUAUAGAUAUAGUAGGUAAUGGUAAAUCAAAUCCAAAUGUGCGAUAACAAGAGGACAUUACAAUGAAAUAAUCACAAAGAUGUCUGAACUUUGUGUAUUUUUUAAAUAUGCUUUAACCGUAUGCCCAUUCAUUAACAAACAGUAUUGCUCAAUAGGUCAAAAGGGAACUGCUAUUUAGAUUAAUAUAUUUUUGUUCUAUUCAUGUUUUAGAUAACUGGAGUGAAAAGUUAUAGAUUUCUGUUUUUAAAAAUUAAACUAUAAAGUUGCAGCAAUUAUGAUUUUAGUUGAGUUUAUUAUUCAUAAACUAAAAAAAAAAAAACCAUGAGAUUUUUAAGUUAUAUAUUUUCAAUAUAGCCUGUAUUUAUGUUUGUUGUCUUAUUAAAAUCUGUCAUAAGUAACCAUUGCCAUAUAAAUAGCAUACGGAUUGACAUCAAAUUUUUUAACAAUCCAACAUUG